CCUGCCAGCACUGCUCGGGUGAGGAAGUGGGUGCCCUGCCUGCAUCUGUGACCGCUGAGGGUGUUCUAGAACAUACUUCCCCCAUGGUGUGGGGUUGGACUGGGGGUGCUGCCAGAUCAGGCAGUUCCACUGGGGAAGGAUUUCCUGAGCACCCGAGGGCCCAGGCCUGCAGUUGUGACACGGAGUCCCAGCCGCCUCCUUCCAGUGGCUCUUCCAGCUGGGGAACCUGGACUUAGCCAGUCACUGUUUGGCCCAUGGGAACAGAGCAGAACCGGGAAGCGUGCGUGGUCACCUGAUUUACGACAGAGGCGGCUCCACUGAAAUUCAGAGAGGAAAGGGUGGUCGGUUCACCAACCACUGCUGGGGUAAUUGGAUAUCCACUCGGAAAACAGAAAGAGCCUGAUCCCUGCCUCACACCAUACACAGAAGCUGAGGACCCAGCGCGUGUGGGCAGCCGGCCUGGAUGCGCAGGAAGGUGCCCGUGGCACGGUGAGCGAGGCCUGCCCGCCGGGGCUGUGCAGACCCCGCGUUGCCCAUGGAGCUGCAGGCGCCGGGGGCCUAGGCCCACGGGGAGCUGUCAGCAGCUAGAUGCCCCCCAGGCCCUGGGGUCUCCCGAGUGGCCUGGGCCAGCGCGCCAAGGGUAGAGGAUGCCGGCCAAGGGGUGCUACUUCCUUAACGAGGGCGAGGAGGUUCCGGACCAAGACGCGCUCUACGAGAAGUACCGGCUCACCAGCCAGCACGGGCCGCUGCUGCUCACGCUCCUGUUGGUGGCCCUCUCUGCCUGCGUGGCCCUCAUCGUCAUCGCCUUCAGCCACGGGGACCCCUCCGGACAGCAGGCCGUGCUGGGCACGGCGUUCUUCGCGCUCGCCGUGUUCGUGGCCCUCUGCGUGCUGGUGUACGUCGAGAGCCUGCUGCGGCGCUGGCUCAGCGCCUGGGCGCUGCUCGCCUGGGCCUGCCUGGUGGCGCUGGGCUACGUGCUGGUGUUCGACUCGUGGAUGAAGGCAGCCUGUGCAUGGGACCAGGUGCCCUUCUUCCUGUUCAUCGUCUUCGUGGUGUACACGCUGCUGCCCUUCAGCAUGCGGGGCGCCGUCGCCGUGGGGACCGUCUCCACCGCCUCCCACCUCCUGGUGCUCGGCGCCCUGACGGGGGCCUUCACGUCGCCCAGCGUGCAGGCGGGACUGCAGCUGCUGGCCAACGCCGUCGUCCUCCUGUGCGGGAACCUCACGGGCGCCUUCCACAAGCACCAGAUGCAGGACGCCGCCCGCGACCUCUUCACCUACACCGUGAGGUGCAUCCAGGUCCGCCGCAAGCUGCGCAUCGAGAAGCGCCAGCAGGAGAACCUGCUGCUGUCUGUGCUGCCGGCCCACAUCUCCAUGGGCAUGAAGCUGGCCAUCAUCGAGCGGCUCAAGGAGCACGGGGACCGCCGCUACAUGCCCGACAACAACUUCCACAGCCUCUACGUCAAGCGGCACCAGAACGUGAGCAUCCUCUAUGCCGACAUCGUGGGGUUUACGCGGCUGGCCAGCGACUGCUCCCCCAAGGAGUUGGUGGUGGUGCUGAACGAGCUCUUCGGCAAGUUCGACCAGAUUGCCAAGGCCCACGAGUGCAUGCGGAUCAAGAUCCUGGGCGACUGCUACUACUGCGUGUCCGGCCUGCCCGUGUCGCUGCCCACGCAUGCACGGAACUGCGUGAAGAUGGGGCUGGACAUGUGCGAGGCCAUUAAGCAGGUGCGGGAGGCAACAGGUGUGGACAUCAACAUGCGCGUGGGCAUCCACUCGGGGAACGUGCUGUGCGGUGUCAUCGGGCUGCGCAAGUGGCAGUACGACGUGUGGUCCCACGACGUGUCCCUGGCCAACAGGAUGGAGGCGGCCGGAGUCCCUGGCCGCGUGCACAUCACAGAGGCGACGCUGAACCACCUGGACAAGGCGUACGAGGUGGAGGACGGGCACGGGCAGGAGCGCGACCCCUACCUGAAGGAGCUGAACAUCCGCACCUACCUGGUCAUCGACCCCCGGAGCCAGCAGCCGCCCCAGCCCAGCCAGCACCUGCCCAGGCCCAAGGGGGACGCGGCGGCGCUGAAGAUGCGGGCAUCCGUCCGCGUGACGCGCUAUCUCGAGUCCUGGGGGGCGGCGCGGCCGUUUGCGCACCUCAGCCACCGUGCGAGCGUGAGCAGCAGCGAGACCCCUGUCCCCAAUGGGCAGAGGACGAAGGCCAUUCCCCUGCGGCACCGCCGGACCCCUGACAGGAUCGCGUCCCCCAAGGGGCGGUCAGAGGACGACUCAUACGAUGAUGAGAUGCUGUCGGCCAUCGAGGGGCUCAGCUCUACGAGGCCCUGCUGCUCCAAGUCUGACGACUUCCACACCUUCGGGUCCAUCUUCCUGGAGAAGGGCUUCGAGCGCGAGUACCGCCUGGCGCCCAUCCCCCGGGCCCGCCACGACUUCGCCUGUGCCGGCCUCGUGUUCGUCUGCGUCCUGCUCGUCCACGUCUUGCUGAUGCCCAGGACAGCGGCUCUGGGGGUGUCCUUCGGGCUGGUGGCCUGUGUGCUGGGGCUGGUGCUGGGCCUGUGCUUUGCCAGUGAGCCCUCGAGGUGCUGCCCAGCCCGCGGAGCGCUGCGCACCGUCUCCGAGAGGGUGGAGGCGUGGCCCCUGCUGAGGCUGUCCCUGGCCGUCCUGACCAUCGGCAGCGUGCUCACCGUUGCCAUCGUCAACCUGCCACUGACGCCUUUCCCCGCCCUGGAGCUGCCCGACGGCAACGGGACGAGCCUGCAGGACGUGAGCGGUGGGGAGAGGACCCUGUGCGUGCGCCUCCUCCCGUAUUAUGCCUGCAGCUGCGUCCUAGGCUUCAUCGCCUGCUCCGUCUUCCUGCGGAUGAGCCUGGAGCCGAAAGUCGUGCUGUUGACCGUGGCCCUGGUGGCCUACCUGGUGCUCUUCAACCUGUCCCCGUGCUGGCAGCAGGACUGCUGUGGCCACGUCCUGGGCAACCUCACCAACAGCACCGGCCCCCUCAGGUGUUCCUGGAGGGAUCUGAAGACCAUGAUCAAUUUCUACCUGGUCCUGUUCUAUGCCACCCUCCUCAUGCUCUCCAGGCAGAUUGACUAUUACUGCCGCCUGGACUGUCUGUGGAAGAAGAAGUUCAAGAAGGAGCACGAGGAGUUUGAAACCAUGGAGAACGUGAACCGCCUUCUCCUGGAGAACGUCCUGCCGGCCCAUGUGGCAGCUCACUUCAUUGGUGACAAGUUAAAUGAGGACUGGUACCAUCAGUCCUACGACUGCGUCUGCGUCAUGUUUGCCUCGGUGCCGGACUUCAAAGUGUUCUACACGGAGUGCGACGUCAACAAGGAGGGGCUGGAGUGCCUGCGCCUGCUCAACGAGAUCAUCGCCGACUUCGACGAGCUGCUGCUCAAGCCCAAGUUCAGUGGUGUGGAGAAGAUCAAGACCAUCGGCAGCACAUACAUGGCAGCUGCAGGGCUCAGCGUCACCCCAGGGCACGAGAACCAGGACCUGGAGCGGCAGCACGCCCACAUCGGCGUCAUGGUGGAGUUCAGCAUGGCCCUGAUGAGCAAGCUGGACGGCAUCAACAGGCACUCCUUCAACUCCUUCCGCCUGCGCGUCGGCAUAAACCACGGGCCUGUGAUUGCUGGAGUGAUCGGGGCUCGAAAGCCUCAGUAUGACAUCUGGGGAAACACGGUCAACGUGGCCAGCCGGAUGGAGAGCACUGGAGAACUCGGGAAGAUCCAGGUUACCGAAGAGACGUGCACCAUCCUGCAGGGCCUCGGUUAUUCCUGUGAAUGUCGUGGGCUAAUUAAUGUUAAAGGCAAAGGCGAACUGAGGACUUACUUUGUCUGUACAGACACCGCCAAGGUUCAGGGGUUGGGGCUGAACUGAGGGCGUCGGCUGGGUUCAGGACACCCGGGAAGCCAGUUUCCUUCCCUGAAGCCACGGAGAAGACUCAGCCCCGCACCAGCCACAAAGGCACUCGGAGGGCUUGGCCAUCGCCACGUCCUGGCGGACGGCUGUGCGUGGCUUCCCUGGCUGUUUGUGUGCUAGAGGAUUUCUUGGGCCAAGUGCACCAGAUCCCGGCUGGAGGCAACUUCUGAGCGGUAACACCGGUGGCAGCCAGAACCUCUGUGCUGUUGGUCAGUGACGGUUUCCGGGUCAGCUGGAAAGGGAUCACUGGUACAACCAUUGUGCCUGUGACCUUGAGAUCUUGUUCCCUGAGGCACUGUGGAGGCAAUCUUAGAGCACGGCCAAAACAGACGUCCGUCUCAGUGGCCUGUGAGCAUGCCCAAGCGAGACUGACGCUUUCUAGCUACGGAGUGGACAGAGAUGGGCUGCAUGGAAGAGUCCCUUCUCCCUAGAGAGACUGGCUAUGGGAUUCUGUUUCUCACUGGGGCGUCCUGGUGAAUGGAAUUGGGAAGUGUUUUAUACCCGUAAAUGGUUUCAAACAGUAGAAAGAAAAAAUGAACAUUUAUUACUUCUU